AUGAGAGGAGUCACUGAGACUGAUAAGCUAGCAAACGGAAUCUUCCAUCUUGUUUGCUUAGCGGAUCUCGAGUUUGAUUAUAUCAACCCUUACGACUCUGCGUCGAGAAUAAACUCAGUGGUUUUACCGGAGUUCAUUGUUCAAGGAGUUCUAUGCGUAUUCUACCUCCUAACAGGACACUGGUUCAUGACACUCUUAUGUCUCCCCUAUCUCUACUACAAUUUCCAUCUUUACUCGAAGCGACAACACUUAGUAGAUGUCACCGAGAUCUUCAAUUUGCUAAACUGGGAGAAGAAGAAACGGCUGUUCAAGCUUGCUUACAUUGUCCUUAACCUCUUUCUCACUAUCUUCUGGAUGAUUUAUUCGGCGCUGGAUGAUUACGAGGACUGACUAAUGAAGAAGACAUGGUCCAUCUUCUUCGGUUUAUUGACACUACGCUUAAAGAUACAGCGACAUGCUCGUGGACAUGAAAAAAAGCAAGGAAAAGUGUUUGCUUUGUGAUGUUUGUAAGAUUAGUGGCAGGAAGAUUUGUGUAUUUAUUUAUUUCUUAGAAACAUGUUCAGAUUAACUGUUUUUUUUUUAUCUUAUGUCUUGAUCAUUAUUUGUACAAGCAAUCAAGCUCGUAAACUACUGGUUACAGUAACAAUGAAACUGAAUAUUUUCAAAUA